GGAGGACUCGGUGAUGUUCGCCGCACAAAUCGCUGCUGCAAAGAGGGCAGUGACCGUAUUUUCGCAGAUAUCUAUCAUUUCUCGAAAUAAGAAGUGAGAGCUUUGACAAAUAAAAUAUAUUUACGCCUGUGAAGUGAAAGAGACCGCCUAUCUACAAAUGCAAGCUAUCAAAUGUGUCGUGGUCGGCGACGGGGCGGUGGGUAAGACCUGUCUGCUGAUCAGCUAUACCACAAAUGCCUUUCCCGGUGAAUACAUCCCCACAGUAUUCGACAACUAUUCUGCCAAUGUGAUGGUCGAUGGUAAACCAGUCAACCUUGGUUUAUGGGAUACGGCAGGACAGGAAGACUAUGACCGCCUUCGUCCCCUCUCGUACCCACAGACGGAUGUGUUCCUAAUAUGCUUUUCUUUGGUGAGCCCGGCAUCCUUUGAGAAUGUUCGUGCAAAGUGGUACCCUGAAGUGCGACAUCACUGUCCUAACACACCCAUCAUCCUGGUGGGCACCAAACUGGACCUGAGAGAUGAUAAGGACACCAUAGAACGGCUGCGGGACAAAAAACUUUCACCCAUCACCUACCCACAGGGCUUGGCCAUGGCCCGUGAGAUUGGUGCUGUGAAGUACCUGGAAUGCUCCGCCCUGACUCAGCGUGGUCUAAAGACUGUAUUUGAUGAGGCCAUCCGUGCCGUUCUGUGUCCUCCGCCUGUCAAAAAACGCGGCAAGAGGUGCACUCUGCUCUGAGCUAUUGUGGUACCCCCAAACAAAACGACAAUAUUUUUUAAAUGACAUGUAAUAGCAGUCCAUGAAGUUGUAAUACAUUGAAUGCGCAUUACUGUACAUGUACAGUAUAUGAACCAUUGGCUAGACUUCCAGUCAGAGGGAAACCUCCAGGUAGAUGGCUUUUGUUUUUACAGCCUCACACGUUCAGAGACGUAAUAUUACAUUUUAUAUCGUUUAGACGAGAAGUUUUAGUGGAACAGUGUAAUUGUUGACAUACUGGAAGUGUUUCUUAGUGUUGUAAAGGAAGUGUGUCAAUCCAAUGGGAAACUUAUGUUGAUGUGGACGGUCUUGUACAGUACAAAGCUUACCAUUUACAGUAUUAGCAUACUUGUUGGUGUCAGUCAACAUCACAACCCAUUUUACUUGCGUAAUGUGACAUUUCUGAGUGAAAGAGGAUAGACUUUAUUUUAUAAAUAAGGAAUUGUUUGGCUUGGGAAAUUAUUUGUAUAUGACAGCUGUCGAAGGGGAGGGGCUGCAAAAUAAGAGGGCUUCAUGAUGUCAGAGUUUAAAAGGUAAAGCAAGUUUUACAAAUGUAUUUUUUCUUUUGAGUACAGUAUGUGCACUUAUGAAUCACUUAAUUAGAAUAGGAAAGCGGGUUAAAUUUGAUAGCUUUAAAGCCACAUAAGUCUUAUCAACUAUUUAACUACUUGGCCAUUGCAAACACUAAGUAAGGUAACUGGAAUAUUGUCUUUAAUACAAGUAACCUUCAAGAAUUUUGUGAGUAACACUGUAUUUCAACUUUCUUUUCUAGCUUUUUAUGUAUGGGUAAACCCACUUCUUUCACUUAUACAACCCAAUCUAUCAUAAACAGGUUUAUGGUACACCUUUAGAUUUUGAAAAUAACCUUUUUUUUAAACAAAUGCCCAUUUAUAGGUGUGUGCAUGCCACUAGAAGCCUUGAUAAUCCGAAUGUCUCUUUUAAUGAAGGGCAUGCAUGGGCAUUUGUUCUUGAUCUUUCCCAGUUUGAAACCUUUGUGAAUAUGUGUCUGCAUGUGGUGCGAAUGUGGGCAUUUGUCAGUGAUUUAAGUGAGCUUUAAAGUCUACAUGAUGAUUAACAGUGUCCUCAUUGGUGCUACAGCAUUUCCUGUCUCUCACCUAUUCAUUUUGUAAAUAACUUGGACAAAAAAAAAGAAAAAAAAAAUGAUGUUCUUCACGGCUGCCAAACGACGUUUCCAUGAUGUAAGAUAGUAUAUUUAAAAAUGUUUUAGAUGAGGAAUGCAUUAAAUAAUAAAUCUAUUCAUGUUUUACCCUUA